AUGUCUGAGCCGGAAGCUAAAAAGAUCAAAGUAGAUCGGAUCAAGGGAAUUACCCCUAUAAAACCGCAGUACUUGGUUGAGAAAACGUCCCAGCCGGCUGAAGUUUACAACGACGAGGAUGCAGAGAGCAGCGGGGUUGUCCAGCGAGCGGGAGAAGGCUCGCAUCCCGGCGCAGCAGGUGGUAAGAAGAAGAAAAAUCGCGGACAGAAUAAAAACCGCAGCAUUCAGCAACACAGAGAGCUUGUAAAACUUUGCGAAGGCGUCAAAGAUACCAAAGGUAGCUGCCGGUUUGGCGAAACCUGCAGAUUCGAGCACGAUAUCCAAAAGUAUAUUGAAAGCAAACCAGCUGACCUUCCCGGCAUGUGCCCAGUAUUCGAAGCAUUAGGCUAUUGUCCGGCCGGUGUAAAAUGCCGCUGGCUGAGCUCGCAUUUCGACAAUGGCAAGCUCACUCCUGAGGAUGAAGACAAGAGGGCCGCAGCGGCAGCCUUCAAUUUCGAAGUUAACAGAGUGAACGCAGAAAUGCAGCACAAACUCCAGCGUAAACACUACGAUAUGUCCAGAUCAGAAAGUUACAUUGGCCAAAUGGAGCAGGAGCGGAAAGCACGUGAAGACGCCAAUUCCGAGGAUCGACUCGACAACGUGGCCGCAUUCGUAGAGGGCCAGCUCAAACCGACCGAGAAAAAGCGAUUAAACUACCAUCGCGCCAAGGUUCUGAGCCCCCUGACCACCGUGGGAAAUUUACCUUACCGCCGUCUCAUGAAGACGCUUGGUGUGGAUGUGACAUUCAGCGAAAUGGCCUUGAGUUUACCUCUUGUUCAGGGAUCCAAAUCAGAGUGGGCACUAACUAGAGCGCACUCGAGUGAGGUCGGAAGCUUUAACGUGCAGAUCGCUGCGCCCAAACCUUGGCAUGCCAUCAAAGCUACUCAGGUUGUGUCUGAGCUUGCCCCGCAAACCAAUGAAAUCAAUUUGAAUUGUGGCUGUCCUAUUGACCUACUAUUUCGCCAGGGCGCUGGAAGUGCUUUGAUGGACAACCCUGCUAAAAUUAUGCGGAUAACCCGUGGCAUGAACGUGGUAAGCGGUGAUAUCCCCAUCACGAUUAAGAUCCGUACUGGAACUCGCGAUGGUCACCCAACAGCUAAAAAUCUGGUAAAGAGGCUCGUUGAUGAGCAGCAGGUCGCGGCCAUUACCAUCCAUGGCCGGUCUCGAGCCCAGAGGUACACCAAAGAAGCAGACUGGGAAUACAUUAAGGAAAUUGCAACAACUGUCAAGGAGGAACGAGCCGACCGGGAAUUAAAGCCCUGGAUCAUUGGAAAUGGCGACGUCUACUCAUGGGAGGACUGGUACUCUCACGUAGAGGAUGCUGGGGUCGACACUUGCAUGGUUGCCCGAGGCGCUCUUAUCAAGCCCUGGAUCUUCGAGGAGAUUGAUAGCAAGCAGUACCUGGACAAGUCUGCUUCAGAACGCCUAGAAUACCUUAAACAGUACGCUAACUACGGCUUGGAGCAUUGGGGAUCGGACGAGUACGGCGUUAGUCUAACUCGGAGAUACCUGUGUGAGUGGAUGUCAUUCACACAUCGAUACAUUCCUGUAGGCAUUCUCGAGUACUUGCCUCCGAAACUGAACGAUCGCCCGGCGCCGUGGCAAGGACGCAAUGAAAUGGAGACACUACUUGCUAGUAACAACUACAAAGAUUGGAUCAAGAUCACGGAGAUGUUCUUGGGACCUGCCGCAGACACAUUCGAGUUUGAACCAAAGCACAAGAGCAACUCGUACGCGAAAAACACCAAGGCUACUGCAACCCAGGCAACAACUUCAUAG